CAGAUUUUCAUCGAUUUGAUAAAGUCCUCUGGACUAAACCAAAAUCCAUUUUCAGACAUCGAAUUCUUGCAGUUCAUACAGAGUCCGGACAUGGCAGAAAAGGAAUCCGGAGAGGCUAUCCGGCCGGAAUUUCCGAUGGGGCGAAUAAAGAAGAUAAUGAAGCUGGACAAGGACAUUGGUAAAGUGAAUUCAGAAGCGCUGUUUUUAGUCUCAUGCGCCACUGAGCUUUUCCUUGAGCUUCUCGCUGAAAAAUCUUCCGAAGUCGCCGCCGAGAAGAAACGGAAGACCGUGAAGCUUGAACACAUCCGAAUCGCCGUCAAAAGGCAUCAAUCGAUCAGUGAUUUUCUCCUCGAUUCGCUUCCUCUUCCUUCUCAGCCGUCGGAUGCUCCGGCGAAGGACGAGAAUCGCACUCGCGUUGUCGUUGAUAAAGUGGCUCCUGAAGGAACCCGCCGAAUCGAUGAUUUCUUUCGCCGGCCAGCGAAGACCGCGUCCGCGGAGAUCAACGAGACAUAGGCGCUCAAUCUUCGACAGGCAAAAGCUCACAAGCACAUUUUCUGAAUUACUUUUUGGCGUUUUUAUGUCUGCGAGCAAGUCCAUAUUUUAUCAUUAGAUGAGAAAUCUUGUUUGUUACUGAACAUUACUUGAUAAACAUUAUCCUGUUCAUUUCAA